CCAUGGGAACGCCAGGACCAACGGCUCCCUGGUGCGCUUGCCAAGAGGGGGAGUUGGGCAAAAGAUCCUUCACGUCUCGUCACAUACCAUCAUAUCAUCCUACUACGACGGCAUCAUUCUACGGUUGGGAAGUUCUUUUGGGACAAGUGUUGUCAUCUGCCACCUGGGUAUUCCAAGCUCCGGAUGCUACUCCGCGCAACAGGCAACGAGCUAAAUGGGCGGCCCGGAUCCAAAUUGGUACCGUGCCAUUGCACGCUGGUCUCAUCUGCAGCCUGAUCCAACCAGUUGGUUCUGCCACUGUCAUCUGAAG